GUCAAGAAUCCAAUGGCAAAACACAGAUGAUGUGCAGCUCCAACGAGUGUCUCAUCGACACGUACAUUUUAGAUACGCUAAGGCACCAAGCACACCGGUUUGGAUGGUCGGCUGGCAAUUACAGCGAAUUUUGGGGCAGACGAUACGACGAGGGACUACAAUUGCGGCUUGGUACACUGCAUUCCAAGAGAAAGAUUUUGCAAAUGAAGCCAUUGAAAGCCGCUUUCCAACGGGGCAAAUUACGGCGGUCUUACGACUCACGCGAAGUCUGGGGAAAAUACAUCUCUCAACCAAUCGAUCAAGGCUGGUGCGGUGCAUCCUGGGCCAUAACCACGGUCCAAGUGACCACCGACCGUUUCGGAAUCAUGAGCAAACGCGCGAUCAGCGACGUAUUGUCGCCUCAACACCUGUUGUCGUGCAAUAAUCUUAACCAGCAAGGGUGUCAAGGCGGCCAUUUGACCAGAGCGUGGAAUUGGAUCAGGAAGUUUGGACUGAUCACAGAGGAAUGUUACCCUUGGGAAGGCCGAAUGUCCACGUGUGCGGUACCAAAAAAGAAGAAAGAGACAAUGGCGCAGUGUCCGAAUCGCGUGAGGUCCAAUAACGAUCGUCUGACCAAAACUCGACUGCACCGGGUCGGUCCAGUUUACCGGGUGGCAACAGAGGAAGGUAUCAUGCACGAGAUUUUGACUUCAGGACCAGUCCAAGGUACCAAUGUCUAA